CCUGCAGUCUUUAGAUGGAGGCUUUAUGAUCCUGAAGCUAACCCCAAAGGUAAAACCUGCUCUUUGGAAAACCACAGAUGUUCAGAAAAGAGGGGUGCCAGAGCAAUGCUUCAUAAAUUACUUGUACGCAGGAACCAGUAGUCAAGAUCGAGCAAUGACUGUCACUGCAGAAAAAGGUCUCACAACUGAUCAAGCUCUUAUUUAUAAUGAGGGGAGCAAGCAAGCUGCCCAAGCUCCUGGAAGUGAAAGUCAAGUCAAAUUUUGUAUAAACGGUAAUUUGUCAUCAGAUAACCUGAAAGCAAGGAAAGACACUCUUCUCAAAGGUUAUAUAACUAAGAAAGAAGAAUCCAAAAAGAGUUUUAUUCAUUAUAAGGACAUGGAUUUGAAAAAGAAAGCCUAUAUACCUUUGUGCAUUGAAGAUGAAAUAGAAAAACCAGAUGCCAAAGUAAUCAUAGCUGGCUGCCCUAAAAAGUCCCACAUUACAGUGAAAAUGAGUGAAUCAUUUCCUGUUCUUCAUCACAAUGAAGAAUACAUGGAGAAGUAUGUUUUGAACCGAUGGCUUGCUUUAUAUGGAAAUAAAGCAUUUUAUGAUAUAAAUAAGAGGGGUGAAGUAUGUACACAUUUAAAUCCUGUUCUACAAAAUAAUUAUGAUGAAACAAUUGCAAUAAUAGAAAAUAGAAAAAGCCCUCCUUCUAAAGUAACUGCAAAGAAGAAGAAGAAGCCCAAUUUUUCUGGGAAACCAAAACACAUCACCAUUCGGAUUUUAUCUGUGGAGAAGGCACCAUGUUAUGUUCCUUUAAGUUCUCAGAAAACAGCACCAUUUCUUCAGAAAACUCAUAGACGUAUAACUAGAACUGUUAGCAGACACAAUAUAGUAGGGAGGCACAUUCAACAGAAAAAACCUGAAAGUAACAAGGACAUUCUUAUGGUACAUGGAGUGAAUCCUCAGAGUAAUAAAUACCCACAUAUUGCAUCUAGUGUUUUGGUUUCCAGAGUAAAGUCCCAGCUUCCAAUAUUUUUGGACAAACAAUUUACUUCAGUUGAAGAACUCCGCCAGAAAGGCAGAAUGAUAUUUGUGGACUACAUUCCUAUUUCAAAGCCAAUUCCAAUUCACCCCUCUGGAGAGGAACUCUUGGAUCAAGCUUCCAAUUCAGCAAUAGUAGGUGACUGCACUAAACUCAGACCAAUGGAAAUAAGCCAGUCUGAGAUGUAUCAUCAGAAUACCUUUGAGCAGAAACAGGUGGAUGAAAGGAAGUCAGGUGACAUAGAUUUAACAGCACAAGAGCACCUGUCUUCAGUCCAGAAAAGCAGUGAGAGGUCAAGCAGAUCAACACCAUCAUUGUCCCUGAGGGGCUUUGAAGCAGAAGAAAAUAAUAGCCCGGGGGCUCAGAAAUCGGGAACUUUGGUCAAACAUUCAGAAGAGAAACACAUUGCGUCGACUCAUUGUCCAGUUAUAAGCAUACCAACAGCACAGUUCGAGACCUCUGAACUCCACAGACAUCAGAAUGUGCAAGAGUUUAAUGAUAUUUGAAGGAGGUAGUGGAAAUGAAUCUGCCUCUUAAAUGACUGUAGUUGUGUGGUUUUCUUUCAGCACGGCUAAUAAAUCUGUAUGAGACGUG